CAAAACAUUUUGCUUCCGGUACUCGUGUAAGUAACAUUGGUUAGCUUGACACCUCAUCCUCCGUGGCUACCUGCAUCUACAUCGGGUAACAGAGGAAGAACUGCGCACUGCGGCGUCUUCUCUGCUCUUCCUCAGGAGGCAGAACCGACCUGGAGGCUUACCUGGAGAAGUCUAUCACUGAAGGAUGAUAGCUGAACUGUCCUUUGAUCUCCAGCAAAGAUAAUGACCUGAAACACACCCGAGUUGCACAAGAGCUGUAAGCUGACGGUGUGGACAAAUCUGAAACGGUACCUUCCUGGGAAUUGCAACAGAACAGCCAGGGGGAUAAUUCUAGUGAUAUCCUGCAUAAAAGAACAAAAACAAACUGUAGUCUACAAUAACAGAGUUUUGACUUGGUUAACCCCAAAUUUCCUGCUGAGACUUGGUAACUGAAGCUGGUUUUUGUAAGGAAUACAAGAGCCAACGAUAAUGUAGGAUGGAAGGUGUGUUAAAGUGCAUGUGAUCCAUGGCGUCCACAAUGUCCCAGCUGCAGUUUGGCCGGCUGCAUGGUCUUCAUGCUAAACUGCUGCGGCGCCAUGAGCACCAGCCUUUGGUGUCGUGUCUGGCUGGUCUGUACGGCUGCCAGUGGAGACGCUACGAGAGGAGCUGCACUCAGCCGGGAGACUGCUGCUGCAACAAGUUGGAAGGUGUCAGCUUUGCUCUGCUUGUGGCAGCUUUCUGCUUAACGCUGGUGUUUCUCUACUUCUGGGGACAAGCAAAGAACGACUACAAUGACUUUGACUGGUUUAACUUUGGCAACAUGGGCUUCUGGUUUCCUUGGUCUGUGGUGCUGCUGGUCAUCGCCGCAUGCUUCUUCACCUACAUCACUGUACUCAUGCUGUUGGCUGUGUGUUUGAUGUCAGAGGGCCAGAAGCUUUAUUUACACUGGAGUCACAAGAUUGGGAUCCUGGUGAGCCUGACUUUCUCCAUCGUAGCCACUGCCGUCUUGUCAGAUCUGUGGAGUAAAGAGUGGAAGACGUUGCUACUUUCCUUCCAGGUAACGGCUCCUUAUUUACAUUUGGGUGGAGUCGUACUCAUGACAGCGCUGGCAUGGCCGGUAGCUUUGCAUUUCUUUCGCAUGAACAGCAGAGUAAGGCAGGUCCUGAUCAUAGGGGUGUACAUGACCCUCCUGUCCACCCUCUACUUGGUACCCCUCGGUUUGUAUUCUCCUUGUAUCAAAGAGAAGGGGACCUUGGGCCCCGCACCGGCUCUCAUCAGCCACAGAGGUGCUCCCAUGCUUGCUCCAGAAAACACAAUGAUGUCGUUUGAGAAGGCCGUGGAAGCAGGAAGUGAAGGUCUGGAGACUGAUGUCACCAUCAGCUAUGAUGGGGUUCCCUUCCUGAUGCAUGACCAUUCCCUGCGACGGACCACCAACAUCCACCAGGUUUUCCCCAACCGGACUGACACCCCAGCUGCCAUGUUCACCUGGGCAGAUCUGGAGAACCUGAACGCCGGAGCCUGGUUCCUGUCUCACAAUCCUUUCGGUACAGCCGGCUCUCUGGGAGCAGAGGACAGACUACGGGCAGAAAAACAGUCCAUCUGCAGCCUGCAGGCCUUCCUCCAGCUGGCAGCUCAGAAAGACAAACUGGUGAUCUUUGACCUCUACCGUCCACCCAGAGGACACCCUUACAGAGAUACCUGGAUCCAUCGCACGCUGGAGGUCGUCCAGAACGAGUCGUCCAUCCACUCCUCGAAGGUGCUGUGGCUGCCUUCAGAUCUGCGUGCUCUGGUCCAGGAGAUCGAUCCUGAGCUCCAGCAGACAUCAGGAAGUCUGCUCCCCCUACAGGAGCUCCAGAGGAACCGCAUCGUCAAACUCAACCUGCAUUACAGCUCCAUGUCCACUGAGCUCAUCAGUGAGUACGCUGCCUUGAACAUCACCACCAACCUGUAUGUGAUCAGCCAGCCGUGGCUGUACUCUCUGGCCUGGUGCACUGGAGUCCACUCGGUCACCACUAAUGCUCCCCAGCUCCUCAGCACCAUGAGCUCCCCUCUCUUUCUAAUGAGUCCAGAUGAGUAUAACCUGAUGUGGAUUCUCACUGACCUGGUGUCCCUCGUGCUGAUCCUCAUCAUCUUCAUCUUUCACUGGUGGCGGGAGCGAAGACUGGCUUUCUGCUCGGGCAGCGAAAUCAAGCUGGAUAACGGCACUUAUAUCAAGUUUAAAACCGAGAUGAGUGAUAUAUGGUCAGUGUCCAGCGCUAACUCCCAAGCAGAGAGGACACCCACCCUGGCAAUCGUGACUGAGCACUAACAUCUGCCUCUGAGAGGAGCAAACCUGGCAACAUGAGCCUCCAUCCUGCCAACCCUGAGCCUCCAUCCUGCCAACCUGGGACAUCUCAGCACGUAACAUUGUCAAGUACUUUCACUACUACAAUGAAAUAAAGUGAUGGAAACAUUUA